UUUCCGGCAUGAUAUCAAAGCCCAGCAAAAGAUGGCGGGCAACGUUCAAACGAGAAAAAACAGAAAAGGAAAAGAAAAAGAAAAUAAAAAAUCCCCUGGCAUUAGAUUAGAGAUUCGUUUGUUUUACAGUACAUGCCCAUUUCCAAACAAAUACAAUCCUGCUCUAGAGGCUGCAACAAAGCCCCUUUCCCUCCAUUUCUCUCUCUCUAUAUCAACAAAACCCCCAAAUCGUCAAAAACCCUAAAAUCAAAUCACUUAAUUAUCGUAAUUUAGCAUGGAUAGAUCAGCCGAUGGAGACGGACCAGUGGUGGCCGCAGCUGAAGAGAUUCCGCAGCCGGAGCGGAGGAGUGUUCGCCGGAGACUUGUACAGUCCACGCUGUUCCCUCAUAGAUCACCAGAAAAUAACGAACUAAAGCUCGAUAAAAAAUGUAACAGUGAGGAUGACGAUUAUCAAGCCAAGGAGUGUCGUGGGAGUCAAAAUAAGAAGAAGAGAACGCGUAAGGGAAAGACAACUCCACAAACCAGAACUCCUAAAAUGUCUAAGCAGCUACCGCACAAAUCACCGGAGACGGAAUUCAGCUGUGAUCAGAAACGCGGUAAAGAAUAUAGUGCUGUCUGUGGGGAUGGCGAAAGUGAAGGGGAAGAAUACUGUGGGAUUCAGAAGAAGGACACACGGAAAGGAAAGGCAACUCCACAAAGUAUAACUCCUAAAAAGUCAAGGGAGAAGUCACAUGGCUCCAGUAAUGGAAAAGGUUUUGGUAAUCUGAUAGAGAACAAGGAUGCAUCACCACCAAUCCCUAAUUUGAGGUUAGAGGCCAAGAUGACAGCCGAGGAAAAUUCACGAUUGUUUGCUGGGAAGCAAAUACACCCCUUUUUCACAUCAUGGAAAGUGAGUAAGAGAUGCAACAAAACAACUGAAUCAGAAAGUAACUAUUGCUCGGCCAAGAUAAAAGAUAAAAACAUCAAUAUUGGUCCUAUUCACGUCUUUGAAAGGGAUCAGCAUGAUGCAAGGCCUCUUGAUUGGAGUGAUUGGAAAGUUUGUGAGGAACCAUUUGCCAAUAGCAGCUGUAGUCUAGAAGGCCCCGCCUCAUCAAACUUUGAAGGCUUCAUUGGAUCGCUAGACAUAAAUGACUUCCCCUGUGCGUCACAUCCUCCCAGUACAUCACUUCUUCAAGAUAAUGCAUCUUUGGAUCAAUGCCUUUGUCGACAAGAAUUUGGGUGCGAGGCAUCAGCAAUAUUCUCUUCCACAUCAUCAGAUGUGCAGGUGGGAUGCUGUCAGUUUAAGGAUACAGAAAUCAUAUGUGAAGCAACACCUGACUGUAAGGUUGUUGAAGUUGGUUUCUUUUCUGGCUGUACAAGAAAAUCAGAUGCCAAGCAGCAAAGUGACCUUCUUCAAGAAAGGACUGACUCAUCAUACCUUAGUUGCACUAAUCAGCUUGAGGAUAGAUUGUGGAUGGAUAAGUACCAACCAAAGAAGGCCACUGAGGUAUGUGGAAAUGAUGAAUCAGUGAAACUUUUGAGUGAGUGGCUUUGUUCUUGGAAACAAAGAGGUCAUCAAGCCAGCACAGAUACCUUCAGUGGUGAUGUACAUGAUAGACAAGAUGCUGAUUAUACCUGUUCUCAAAGUGACUCUGAUUCAGAAAAUACUAAUGAAGGGGCCAGCCUUAAGAAUGUUCUCUUGAUCACUGGACCAGCUGGGAGUGGGAAGUCUGCUGCUAUCUAUGCUUGUGCGAAGGAAGAAGGAUUCAAAGUUCUAGAGGUCAAUGCAUCAGAAUGUCGAAAUGGAGCUGUGGUGAAGCAAAGAUUUGGAGAGGCAUUAGAAUCACAUUCCCUUGAAUGGUCACAGGAAAUUCAUGUGGAACCACAGAGCAACAAAAUUGCAAAAUUUCCCCCAGUCCUUCCUGAUGGUAAAUUGACACCAGAUUCUGACAGCAAGAUUAUUGAGGUGAUACCAACAUUGAAUAAGGAUGAUUCUCUUGGAGCCUUUGAGGCCACUACUAAGUGUGCUUCCAAGGAGACUACAAUUGCCAGUGGUCGAGGACAGCUUAAACAUUUGAUUCUUUUUGAAGAUGUGGAUAUUACUUUUACUGAAGACCGUGGCUUUGUCUCUGCAAUACAACAAAUAGCUGAAAAAGCAAAAGGGCCUGUGAUACUGACCAGCAAUAGUAGGGUGAAAAUCCUGUUCUUCCUCCCUGCCAGUCUGGACAGGCUAGAAGUUUCUUUCAUGAUGCCAUCAGAGAAGGAGCUUCUUCGGCACGCGUAUAUGGUUUGUUCUGCUGAGAAGGUCAACAUUCAACCUCAUCUACUAGAGCAAGUAGUUGAAUAUUGUCAAGGAGAUAUCAGAAAAACCUUUAUGCAUCUUCAGUUCUGGUUUCAGGGCAAACAAAUUAGAAAACUGCUUCCAGGUAGAGAAGCACCAAGAUUGUUUGGCCCGCUCAAGUUUGAUCCUGAGGCUGGGCAUAGAGUAUUGCCAAAAGUGAUGCCAUGGAAUUUCCCUUCUCACUUAUCUGAGCUAGUUGAAAAGGAGAUCACAAAUUCAUUGUCUGCGAUGGAAGAAGCAAAUUCUGUUUCCAUGGAGGUCAUAGAAGAAGAUUUUGAAGAUAAAGAAAUGCAAACUAACUUGAAGAUUCAUAAUUAUGGCAAAUACAGUAUAGAGGCCAAGAAAGAAGCAAUGUUAAUCCAGAAUUGCUCUGAUCAUGAUUGUGAUCACUUCGAAAUCCCUUUUGAUGCAGUAUAUGAUGUUUUUGAUUCCUCAGGAACUCUGGUGUCAUUCUCCAAGAGAAAAGGUAGAAGGAAGCUCAAUGUAGUAAUGUCUUCAGAUUCUGAAGAUGAGUUGGUCAAUGACAGAGUUCCCUUAAUUGGAGAGAGGGAUACUAACAGUGAAGUCACCCUUGAAGCUGAUGGUGCAUUUCCCUCUCACUGUCCAAGCACGCAAAACUGCUCAAGUCCAUCAACUGACCUGCAACUUUGUUCUGGAGUGGAGAAACUAGAUGAAAAUUGUUGUCACUGUCCAGAUAUAGCAAUUGAGUUGCAUGUAAAAGAGACACCCAUAUCAGUUGAUGUAUCAUGUGUGCCAGAAUCAACAUUUGUUCCAGAAACUCUAAUUAAUGGUGGAACAGAGGUGUCAUUUAGCAGGGUGUAUUGCACUUCAGUGGCUGACGCUUUGGAAGAAGUUUCAGUGAGCAACGAGUUCAAUCACAACCUAUGUCCAGUUGAAACUGAAAAUCUUGACAAGUUUGUACCCAUAUCACAACAUAAUUCUGAUAUGUUGGGAAGCACUUGUGAUGUAAUCGCAGAAUCAUCUCAUGAAGAGGUGGAAGAUUCUCAAAAUGAACGUGCUGAAGUUAUUACAAGAGAAUAUCAAGUAUUGGAUGAAUGUAGCCGCAUGGAUUUCAAUAAGAAAUCCAAGCCAGUGGAGAAAUUUCGACCCUGUAUGAUGACUGAUUUAGUACGAGAGUCUUGGAGAAAACUUCGUGAUCGUCACAUAGAUCUAAGACAUUUUGUCACCUCAGAAGUCAAAGACGCUACUGGGAUAAUAGAACUUGCUUAUGGUAUGAGCAAUCUGAUUUCAGAAGCUGAACUAUUGCUUUCAAAGCAUCAAACUUUGGAUUCCUCUGAUGUGUUGGAUGCAUUCAGCUGGUCUGAUGAGCAUUUGCAGAUGUCAUCAACAAUAGCUUGGCAAGGAUUUUGCUUCUAUGCCAAAGAACUUGCCAAUGACGGGUUAAAAAUAGGUUUGGACUCCAAAGUAGAUUUCACCUGGGAGAUGCUGUCUACUGCUAGUAUGAUGGAAUGUGGUAACUUGGUUAGACGGAAUUUGAGCAGUAAGAGCUCACAUUCUGGGAUGAGUACUGAGGUGAGCCUACCUGAAAAUGGAACAUCGUCAAAUAGUGAAAUGCAGUCAAGCCUUCGUGAUAUAAUCGAGUCCAUAGUCCCUUCACGAGCAUAUAUGACGAUGAAAGGUGAUGCAUUCUAUGAAUAUCAAUCUUCGCUGUGCCACAUUGCAAGAUCAGAUACUUCUCGAUUAUCAGCAAGCAUUGUCAGGACAAAAGGACGGAGGGCACGAGCUUCUGGAAACUACUUGAGCAAUGGUUCCCUAAUGCUGUCUCCGGAAGAACUUUCAUUGCUGGGCCAGUCUAACAUCUAUUCAAAGAUUCCGUCCCAAUCAAUGGACGCCACACAUAGAAUUAUAUAACCUUUUUGUGGAGGAACUAACUCGUGAGACAGUUGACUCUUCACUAGUGUUGGCCAUGACUCAAUGCAGCUGCUACAAGAAUUGGUUACUUUCGCGAAAUCACAGGAACAAAUAGAGUGGAUGCUGAUUUUACUUGUAUCGAUGGCUGAAGAUUAGGCAUGCCAGUGACACCUUAGGGCGACGUCUGAUCUGGUCAUUGUGGUUAUCUUCUUGACCUUUAAUUUGGAUGCAUGAUUCGUUGUUGUAAAGCUAAUGGUGAUUCCCUUCUGAUUUUAUAUUUAAAUAAGGCAAUUUGCAGAGAAAGAUGGAAGAAAAGUACCACGUGGAAGGAGAAACGGAUGCGAUUUGUUUUUGAAAUUAAACUUGAGCAAUUGCCGUGUGUGCAGCAACCCUCAUUUUAUUUUGCAAUUUGC